AUGUCUGAAAUAGAGUAACUUAUUAAAUAAAAGGAAGAGAUAGAAAUUAGUUAAACAACUCUCAAAAUUUGGUGUUCUUUGAAAAAGAAUUUAUCUAAUAAAUUUAAGAAUCCUUCUGAAGCUUUUAAAACAUUAAAAAAAGAAGGAAAAGAAACAUUAUCAAUUGAAGAUUUUGUAGAUUAUUCAAAAGGAUUAGAUUUGUAAAUAUUAACCUUAUUUUUUAGAACAAAUGUAUUUAAAGAUAUAAAUCUUAAUGAAGAUAAUUUCAUCAAAUGUUGGGAAUAAUGGGAAUAUUAAGCAAAAUAAAAUGAACAUAAAUUAUAAAUGAUUUAAGAGAAAUUAGAAUUAUUAAAUAUUUUAGAAUAAAAAGAUAAAGAUGGAAUCAAAUAAUUAGAAGCUUAGAAGAAUAAAAAAAUAUUAAAUAUUAUCUAAAAUUGUGAUAAUUUAGAAUAACUAUAAGAAAAAUUAGAUACUUUAGUUUAAGGAACUCAAUAAUAAUAAAAAGAGAAAAUUGAUGUAAUAUAAAAUGAAUCUGAAUGUUUCAAUAAAAUAUUACAAAAAAAGUCUGAAAUUAAGGCUUCUGAAUUAUAGAUUAACAAAUUAUAAUAAAAAACUAAUCCUGAAGGAUCUGAAAAUAGCCAAAUAUCAAAUAAGAAGAAAUAAGUAAGUUAUUUAGAUGGUUCCACUAAUAUUUUAUAAAAAAGCAAAAUCAAUUUAAAUAUAUCCAGUUCUUAAUUAUAAACUAGUAGAUUAUCAACAGCAAAUUAAAACAAAUAAUCCUUUAUAUAUGAGUCUUAAGUUUAAAUAUCUCCUACUAAAGGCUAAUAGUUACUCAAGAAUCCACCAGUUACUUAAUAACAAUAAUUCAAGAAAAGUCCAAAUGAAGACAGAGAAAGUGAAAGAAGAUCUCAUAAAUCUAAUAGAAUGAGAGGAGAUUUAUAAUCAUAUAUUUCAGAUCUAUUUUAAAAUGAAAGAGAAUAAUCAUUAAGAUAAGAACCAAGAUAUGUUAGAGAUUAUGAUCGACCAUCAUAUUCUACUGAUUAAAGAGGACUUUCUGGUUUCCCAAAUUUUAGAAAAUAUUAAAAAAAUUAGUAAUAAAAAAGAGAACCUUAAGAAUUAGAACCUGAAUCUACUAAUAUAUCCAAACGACUCUAAAAUAUUAGGUAUUGAAAAAAAUCUAAAUAAGAUAUAAAUUGGAUGAUUUUUAGAAUUAAAAGUUAACUUAAUAUAAAUCAAAACCUUAAAGACUUUAAGAUUGGAGUCCAGAGAAACCCAUAAGAGUAUCAUAGUAAAAACCUAAAUAAGGAAGUAGAAAAUCUAGUCCUUAAUAUACUCCAGGAAAUACACAUAGACUAAAUCUUGAUAAAUUAAGAUAAGAAAAAUAAUAGAAUUAAGGAUCUGAGUCAGGUUUUUUGAGCAUGGAAUAAUUAAAUUAAACCUUAAAAGGAGAAUCAUAGGCUAAUGCUUGAUAUAUAUACAG